UUAGAACUGGGAUUUACACUUUUACCUUGGCCGAAGUCUCGAACCAGCCGACGAAACCGUUCUCUCGGCAGAAGGCGUCCAGUUUGGGCUGCUGGCACGUCGCCUGGUCGGCCUUGUUGGCUAAGAGGACGACUGGAACGGGCCUGCCGUGGUUCAGCGUCACCUUCGCGUGAACAAAAGGUGGACUUCUAACCUUGGAGUCCAGGUCGUCCUUCCACUUGAGCACGGCAUCGAAGGUAGAUGCACGCGUGAUGUCAAAGACCACCAACGCUCCCAUGGCCUCGCGGUAGUAGACACGCGUCAUGUUGCCAUAGCGCUCCUGUCCUAGGAUGCAAGACAAAACAACAAAAGGUUGAAUUUUGAAGGCAUCAUCGUCGACAUGGGGCUUGCUUUUGACACAUAUUGAGCCAUCGUUUUGAAAGAACUGACAUGGACACGAUAUGGCUUUAUCAGUUUCGUCUCAUUGUCAUCGGGGACUCCACGGUGGGCAAGUCGUGUUUGAUUCGCAGGUUCACCGAGGGCCACUUCGCCCACGUGUCAGACCCCACUGUCGGGGUGGACUUCUUCUCCCGCCUGCUGGAGAUCGAGCCGGGCAAAAGGAUCAAACUCCAGAUCUGGGACACUGCUGGCCAGGAGCGGUUCAGGUCCAUCACCAGAGCGUACUACCGCAACUCGGUGGGGGGGCUCCUGCUCUUCGACAUCACCAACCGCCGCUCCUUCCAGAACGUGCACAACUGGCUGGAGGAGGCGCAGAGUCAUGUCCAGCCGCACGGCAUUGUCUUCCUGCUGGUCGGCCACAAGUGUGACCUGGAGGCUCAGCGCCAGGUGAGCCGGCAGGAGGCCGAGAAGCUGGCGGGCGCCUACGGCAUGCACUACGUUGAGACGUCGGCACGAGACGCCAUCAACGUGGAGAAGGCGUUCAUGGAUCUGACGAGGGAGAUUUUUGAGCUGGUGCGGAGCGGCGACAUCAAGAUCCAGGACGGCUGGGAGGGCGUCAAGAGCGGAUUCGUACCCAACAUCGUCCAUUCGUCAGAGGAGGUGACCAAGGGUGGACGGCAAUGCCUCUGCUGAACUGUAUGUCUCAUUUCUUUGGACUCCAUCUUUGGGAGAGCUGCCUCGCAGUCGACAGUACUUGUUUGACAUCUCUUGUUCUUCAAAUAUGCCCAUUUUGCAGUAAUACGCUUUACUUCUCAUGUGCUGCUCGGUCAUACUACAUUUCUAAGCACAAGAAGCCUUCAUUCAUCUCCACAUUUGGUUUCCUGCUUUUUUUAGGGGUCUUUCUUCACAUGCACUCCAGUGAACAAAUGUUGGAAUGACUAUUUACAACUACUGUAAUAUAAAAUCAGUGAGCCACUACAUAUAACGAUAUGUAGUCAGAAUGAGGCGGCACUUUCACUAACUGCACAAUAACAUCCAAGUGGCUUGACUAUGAAAGAGCAUUGAAGUCACACUGAUGACAAAAGAAAUAGGACAAUACAACAAAAAUGUUGCGAAAUUACAAGAAUAAAGUGGUAAUAUUCUAGAAAAAAAAAGUAGAAAACUUGUCAAGAGUAAAGGCGUAAUAGUACAAAUGGUACAAUUUUUAAAAAGUUGCAAUUUUAGAAGAAAAUCAUGGUACAAGGAGAAAAAUAUGUAAUUUUUACAAGAAUUUAUGUAAAGUUUGACAGGAAAACACAGGUUUUUUGUGUUUUGACACGAAAAACACAGUGCUCUUUCAUGAAAAAUCUGUUUUGGAAAAUGUAUUACAAAAACAAAAAUCAUAUUAAGAGAAACAAGUCAGAAUGAUACAAAAAAAAGCAUUAAAUAUGGGAAACAAGUCUUAAUUUUACAAGAAGAAAGUCAUAACAUGGCAAGAAAAAAACAACUACAAGGAAAAAAAAGUAAUUUUACAUAAAUCAGGUCAUAAUAUUACAAAAUAAGUGUCAAUGUUAAUGACAUUCAAAAAAUGUAAUAUUACAAGAAAUAAAAACAAGAACUGAAAACUUUCACUUUAAUGAGAAAGUUAUGCAUUUUACAAGAAAUGAAUUUAUAAAAUGUGCAAUGCUCUGCAAAUAAAAUAUUACAAGAAAAACGAUGUAAUUUUUUAAAACAAGUUGUAUUUUUUACAUUUUUUACAUGAAAAAACGUCCCUGAAAAAAAUGUUCUGUCUCAUGAGACGAAAGUUGAGAUAAAAAUCUUAAUUUUAUGAGGAAAAAAAACACGAAAACGUUUUUUUCUCGUAAUAUUACAACUUUAUUCUCGCAAUUGACUAUUAUUCUCCUCGGUGUGGCCCAUACAAACAGGCUUUUGCAACAGUCAUGAAAGUCAAAACGGGACAUUUGUUUGUUUGUGAUGAACUGGAAAUAAUGCAUAAUUUUGACCGAAUUGUGGUUAUUUUCUUUAGUUUUAUUUAAGGUGAAAGAAUCUCUUUCGAGUGCCUUGUGGAGGAAGGAAGUUUUUGUGUACAGUAAACUUGGUUUAGGUAGCUUAGGUAGUGGGGGUGGACAUUAUACUAAUUAACUUUAAAAGUCUUAUUGUAAGUGAAAUGUAUUUAUGCUUGAAUAAAAGUUGAACCCUCAAUCUUUCCCCACAAAUUAAACGUUCCAAUGUACUUGUAAAUUACAAGUUCUUACUCGUCAAUUAAACAAUUACUGAAUACAGGUGGAAGGCGACACCUUGUGGUUACAUGAAGUAACGACAGCAAUCUGGACCGUGUACUGUUUGAGGAAUUACAACCACGACAUGAAUUCUCAAUUGGCGUGAGCACACACACAAUCAGCUAUAGUUGCUUUGUAUGAUUAAUAUAAGCUUAUAUUAUUUCAAAACGUACUUUAAGUAAUAUGACUGUUAGUUAAGUCGCACAUCUCGCGAUAACACAUGGGUAAUCGUGGA